UCCUGGUCUGCAAAGUUAUCCUCGUUGGGUCCACAGGGCCCUGAAGUCAGUGUCGGUUUGGUCGUCACGAUGAACGAGGUCCGAAUACUGUCGCUGCUCACCGCAGUCCUAGUAUCGUCAGCAGGGGUACACGCAAGCAACGAAUGUGUCGUCGUGACGCCAAACGUGCUGCGACUCGGGGCCCAGGAGACCGUGGUGGUCAUGGUGAGCGGGCGUCCACAACGUGUGAACAUGACGCUUGAGAGCCAUCCAGCGGGACGCCGGCCGUUCUUCCAGAAGACGUUCGACGCAGUUCCAGGUUCACCGGUGACGGCCGAAGUGUCCGUAAGGUCCGAAGAUUUAUCCGAGUUGCAGUUGUCCAAGGAAGACGUGCAGGUGACCCUGACGGUGCAGUGUGGAUCUCUGUGGAACCGACAGGUGCGACUCGGAGUGAGCGGAGCUUCUGCCGAUCUCCUCUUCCUGCAGACUGACAAGCCUAUCUAUCAACCUGGAACCACCGUCAACAUCAGGUUCAUCGCCCUAAAUGGAUCACUGAAGCCAGCGUCAACGCCGUUCAAGCUUGAAGUCAGGAAUCCUCAAGACGUGGUGUUGGAACAGAGAGACUUUCUUCCUGGCAAAGAACUCAUGCUCAGCCAUCAGUUCGAAGUGCCCAAACAUACCGUACUCGGUGAAUGGAAGCUGGUCAUGCGUUACGGACACAAGUUUUUGCAAAACACAACAGUUACGUUCGCCGUGGACAAAUACGUGCUCCCGCGGUUUUCAGUGGUGUUGAAAACAGUUGACUACAUUCUGCCAGAUUUCAACAGCAUCACCGUUAAGGCUCGAGCAAAGUUCGUGAACAAACAGAUAGUUCGUGGCUUCGUUACUUUCCGCUUCUCAGUGAAGAAUGAGGUGGGAGCCGUGGAGGAGAUUGGGACCAGCGGCAUGCCUAAGGCGCUGGAUUCAGGCGAUGCCGAAUAUACGCUCCGACGGGACGAUGUGGUCGACAAGCUCGGCAGGCCGAAGGUGGACGCUCUCUUCGCGGCUCGCGCUCGUCUCGUGGUUGAGGCGACGGUCAUCGAGGAAGCUACGGGAAUACGGGAGUCUGCACGCAGUGAGCAAGCCGUGUUCUCCACUUCGCCGUACGUGGUGUCUACGGCACGGAGUGAGAAGAGCUUCAAGCCCGGAUUUAAGUUUUACGUGAUGGCGGAUGUUACUUACGCCAAUGGUGAGCCAGCAGAGGGUGUUCCAACAAGGCUGACCUGCAAUGGUUGCGACAUGAAGCCGCAGACCUCCUCAACUGAUAAGAACGGUGUUGUGACUUUCUUCGUCGCCUCCAAGAUUAGGCGACGCUGAUUCAAUUUCAAGGUGGAAACCGCUGAUCCGAAGUAUACAAGUGAGCAGCAAGCCCGCAGUGAUCUCUUAGUGCGCCGAUACAAUGACAACUCUCAAAAAUACUUGAUCAUCGAAAGAAAGGACCCCAAGACCUUGUUUAAGGUUGGCACAUCAUUCGAGGCUGUACUGUUUAAGCCCAACGGAGCCCAAUUGACGUCCGCCUACUACUUGGUCUUGGCUCGAGGCCGUGUGCUGAAGGCAGGCAAGGUCGCCGUGGAGAAUGUGCUCGACCAUCGAGUGACGUUCGUCGUGACGCCGGAAAUGACGCCGAGCUUCCGGGUCGUGGUGGUCGGCUUCCUGAACGGACAACUCGCCACAGACGCCGUCUACAUCAACGCCGAGCCAACUUGCACCCAGGACUCUGAUUUUACGUUGACGAGGAGGAACGUCGACGAACAGCCGGCGCCUGGUACCACUGAGACGCUGGUAGUGAAGGGAACCGCCGGGACACGCGUGGGCUUGCUGGGGGUGGACCAGGCCGUGUACUUGCUGAGGCGAAAAGACCUUCUCACGCGAGAAAAGGUGUUCCAGUCCAUGGAAGCAAAGGACCUCGGUCGCGGCCUGGAUGCUGGCACAGCUGCGGUGCACGCUUUGACCAACUCUGGUAUUGCAGUGCUCGCCGUCCACGGAACAUACGGCGGUGCAGAAUACUUUCACAAGCAGCAGAAGGCCGUACUGAGGGAGGCUGGAAACAAGUCAUAUGGAUACCUGGCCACUGUGGAGUCAGAGGUGUUCCAGUCCAUGGAAGCAAAGGACCUCGGUCGCGGCCUGGAUGCUGGCACAGCUGCGGUGCACGCUUUGGCUAACUCGGGUAUUGCGGUGCUCGCCGUCCACGGAACAUACGGCGGUGCAGGCGCGCUAGAAGCUACACAGGGAGGGACGGCACGGACUGAGAAUGAGUGCUUAUAUAUUGUUCUUUUUUUUUUUUCAGGAGAUGGUCCACGGCGCUCAAAGCGUGAAGUUACCGCUAACAUUUUGGAACAAUUCCAAAACGAGACGCUCCGCAACUGCUGCUCGAGCGGCCUCCUGAAGGACCCAUUCCUGCGCAGCUGUGACGAUCGCGAAGAAGCCCUGCGCAGCUACUUGGUAGCCGGCAGCGCCCUCUACUCGGAGAAGUGUGUCGAAGCAUUCGCCACGUGCUGCCGCCACAUUGAAAACAAUCAAAUCGUCGGCAGAUCGAACGCUGACGUCGCCGACGCACUUGGAGACAACGAUUUCGACUUCAAAGGCGGUGAACGGCACGCAUUUAUGGAGACGUGGCUGUUCGAACAAUUGACAAUAAGCGAAGAUUCGGAGACAACCUAUGAUGUCUCCCUGCCCGACUCCAUCACCACCUGGGAGCUGAGCGCCGUGAGUGUUGCGCCGUCUGGCGGCAUCUGCGUCCACGACCCGCUGGAGAUACGUGUAUUCAAGAAGUUGUUCGUCGAAGUCAAUCUGCCAUACUCCGUCGUCCAGAACGAGCAAGUCGAGAUUCCGGUGACGGUGUACAACUACGACAGGAAUGACCAGAUGGUACGUGUGGCGAUGCUCGGGACGAAACACGUCUGCUCUGGCGCCAAGGAAGGAAAGCCCUCCGCGGUACGCAAGGUCAAAGUGCCCACGGGUCAGGGUCGCACGGUGGUCUUCCCCGUGGUGCCUCUGGCUGCUGGUGAGAGGGAGAUCCACGUGGCAGCCAUCAGCGAAUCGUCAGCCAGGGACGCUGUUAAAGUGAAGCUCAGGGUAGAGAUGCCUGGCGUGCCCAAGGAGGACAACAUUAACAUCAUCCUCGAUCCCGAAAACACGCAAAAGCGAAAGGCACGACAUGACGCUAGCCCUGAACGCAGGUACACAGAAACGUUUGCUCUCGGAGAAGGGCAGCUCAUACAGAUCCCGCGGCCAAACAGGUCUCCCAAGGAGGUCGUCCCGGGAUCCGAACGCUGCGAAAUCGACAUCGUUGGCAACGACAUGGGUGCUGCGCUGGAGGCAUCAGUCAAGAGCCCCAAUACCUUGCUUCGGAUGCCAUCGGGUUGUGGUGAACAGACCAUGAUCGGACUGGCGCCAACACUGUACGCCUACCAAUAUCUGAAGACUGUCGAUCUCAUUUCUCCUGAGGACGAGAACAGGGCGCUGGGCUUUAUUCGAAAAGGGUAUCAACGCAUGCUCACUUUCCGAAAAGUGGAUGGAUCGUUCACAGUAUGGGAAGGUUACGCAUCCAGUCUGUGGCUUACGGCCUUCGUUGUGCGAAGCCUGUGUGAAGCACGGAAGUCCGUUCACAUCGACGAGAACGUGCUCACCAAAGGCCUCAGCUACAUCCUAACCCAACAGCGGCAAGACGGCAGCUUCCUCGACAUUUACAAGCUACACCACGGCGACCUCCUGGGCGGCGUCACGGGACCGCUUCCGCUGACGGCAUAUACCUUGCUUACCCUUCAGGAAUGCACCAAAGAUGGUGUCGAGGUAGCAGGCCUGAAGGAGUCCAUGGCUAAAGCUACCAUUUUUAUUGGAAGAGAGAUGCAGCAAGACAGGCCUGCGUACGAAACAUCUCUGACAGCGUACGCACUCUCUCUCGGCGACAGCCCCGCCAAGAACGACGCACUCCGCAAGCUUCGCAGCAUUCUGCAACCAGGCCGAGAUGGUGGACUGCACGUUUCCGCUGGCAGCGAACCCCUGUCCGUGCAGGCCACUGCGUACGCCCUCAUGGCGCUGCUCGAAGCCGGUGGGAGCAGGAGCAACGUCACGGCCCUCGUGCAAUGGCUGAACUUGCGCAUGAACCCUAGCGGGUCCCUGCGUUCCAGUCAGGACACUGUGGUGGCACUACAAGCCCUGUCCAAAUACGCCAUCUACGCCCGGAAUUCGGGCAUCGACUUGACCUGCCAGGUGACGCGCAGCAAUGACCGAAACUUCGUUCGCACCGUGCGCAUCAAGCGAGACAACGCCCAAGUGCGCACUAGGAUAGAGAUCCCAGAAUUCAACGACAAGGUUUUCGUGAAUGUCAAAGGGUCUGGAACUGCAACCAUGUACUUCGUGACGAGCUACCACGUUCCAGCUGUUGGUGCAGACUUAUUGUGCAAGUUCAAGCUCGAUAUAAACUUCUCGCAGAACAAGGUGGACAUAGAAGAAGUGUUGAAAAGUGAGUUUAUUGAGAUGUUCGUAUUUGCCACAUCGUCCAAACGCGGGAAAUUAAGGGAUUUCAAUGCAAAUAUAAACAAGAAAUUCAAGGAAACGUAUGGAAUGAAAGUGUGUGCAAGAUCCCUGGAGGAGAAUGUGAAAGGCAUGGCCAUACUAGACGUCGGACUUAUGACAGGCUUUAAGCCCAUUACGGCCGACCUGAAUAAGCUCGUCGACAACAGAAUCGUGGACAAAUAUGAGUUCAGCCAAAGGAGCGUGGUGUUUUACCUACAAACCAUUCCGGCAGACAGAGACGUGUGCGUCGAGUUUGGCUUAGACCAAGAAUUCGCCGUGGGCAAGCUGCAGUCAAGUUCCGUCAAAGCCUAUGCGUACUACGAUCCUGAUAUAUCGUGCACCAAGUUCUAUGCACCGAACAGCACUAGCCCAUUGCUGAAGAUCAAGUGUGACGACCCGGGACAGUCAGAUGUUUGCACGUGCUUGGAGGGGGGUUGCCCACCAGUGAACGUGCCAGAUAUGUUCACGAAAUCCAACGGCGAAGUUGUCUCGACACCGGAAUGCCGAGAAGAAAUGAGGUUACACGCCUGCGAUGGAGUUGAUUUCGUGUGGCUCGGCACAGCGCGUAACACGAUGCACAAGGACGGUUUUAUCACCGCCCGGUUCUCGAUCGAGAAAGUGCUAAAACCAGGCAUAGAGUCGGACGAAGAACUUAAAGACAAGCAACGCGUGAUCAAGGCUCGCGACCAUUGUGAAUCCUUCAGCAUAAAGGAUGGCGCAAAGUACAUCAUUAUGGGCAUGGACCCCAAGUACAAGGAGAUGGAUGACUUCGGAGAAGAACACUAUGUCUACGUGAUAGACAGUGACUCCGUCGUAAUCGACCACUCAUCGAAGAAGAAAGGUGGCAACAGGCUGAAGGGUAGACAGCGAGGACGGCACGGACAAAAUGCGGCAGGAGAUCCGGAAAACGAGCGUUGUGACUGGGAUAAGCUUGUCGCUUGGUUCGUCAGGGAAUUCUCAAACGAGAAUACACGCUGCUACACCUAAGCAGUUGUUGAUUUCACGCUGUUCUUUUUUUUUU